AUGGGCAAAAGCUGGGCCAUGGGCAACAAGUGGGCCGGCCUCGGCACCGCUUCUCGCGCCAUGACACGCCAGCUCGUCCCGAGUGAGCAGGAGGUGAGGGCGGCCCGCAGCCUGGCUUUAACAACGCGAGAGUAUCCAAAUCGUCGACAAACCGACCACCUGAAGUUGUCUCCGAGGCUGGUCGUCGUCGUCGACAUCGACGGCGGCGGCGGCGGCGGCGGCGGCGGCGGUGGCUGCGGCGCGCGGGGUCAACAGGUCAGGAGAGGAGGGCAAUGCGACAGGGACGAGGCAUUAGACGGGCCGGACUUACUUGAGCGGUCGGCGAGAGGCGUAAGCGGGCCCCACAGCCUGGCGUGUGGAGGCGCGACGUGGCUGGGACACUUUUAUAGCUCUGUGGGCGUGGCUGACAGACAGACAGGCGGCAGACGCGCGGACAGACGGACACCAGUGGCUCGAACGAGUGCACGCGACAGAAAGACACACGUGCCUGUGCGGGAGGGCCAAUCGAACGGCUGCGCUAGACGCGCAUUGGGGCCCACACACUCUGAGCUGGCCGAUGCAGCCAUCUGGCUUACACGCUAG